AUGGACCAAGCUCGCAGUUCAAGAACAGGUACAUUGCCCAUUUUCUUCAUUUACUUCAAGGUCAAGGUCUUAACAUCCAGUGGAACUACUUCGCCACGUCCACACGGGAAAGGGGCUGUUGAUGGUAUCGGGGGAACUGUGAAGCGCAUGGUUUGGAAUGCUGUAUCCACAAGAAAGGUGGAAGCAGUCAAAGAUGCUUGCUCUUUUGCAAGUGUUGCAAAUAAGUUGAGCACAUCUGUUGCGGUGACCUUUGUUGGAUCUAAAGAAUUAGAAGCUACUGCAGAGUUACUUGGAUUAAAGAAAUUCUUCUCUGUUGCACCAGUAAUCCCAGGUAUUGCCAAAUUUCACAGCUUACAACCACUCAGGAAUGGCCUUAUUCGUUGCCGUACAUACUCUUACCAGAGUACCUGGAUUGAAAUGGGUGUCCAGUUUUCUGCUUCAGAAAAUGAAGAUCUGGAUCAAAAUGAUAGUGAUGAUCAAGACUCUUCCUCUCUAAGAAAGGGAAGCAACAGUACCAGCAGUGCUGAUGAAGACGAGACCAGUGGAGAGAAAGGAGACUUUUUCAGCAAUGCUUCACGAAACAGCCAUCACACGUACAAAGAAGUUUCAAGUGAGAGCAGUAAGGAAGACAGUAAAAGUCAUGAUGAAGAGGUUGACUCGAGUGAAGAAGAAGGUGUGACUGGACACAAAGGUUCAGGUGGUCCAGAUGCGAAAGAAAGAGCCAGCAAUGCAAAUAAAAGUUCAAGUGACGAGGAAGAGAUGUCAGAGAAGAAAGAUAUCCAUGUUCAGCAGGGCCUUUCUGACAAGCUACUAUCACCGAUAUAUUCAAAGGAUGUGCUUUGUUCAGCCUUCCACAUCAUUUAG